AUGGUAGGAGGGCCUGGGACAGAGGCCAAGCCUUUGGACUUCGUGGUGGCCAAUGCAGAAUGCGAUUUUGGCGUGGUGCUGGCGUCUCCCGCCGUCUCCAGUGGUCUGGACUACCUUCCCAACCGCCACGGCAGCUGGCUCCGGGACCCCGGGCGCACUGUGGUGCUCCUCAAGUGCAACGGCAGAGUGGUGAGAGUCGGGCGAAAAAAGGGUCAGGCCACGUUUGGGGACGCAGAGCCCAAGAAUGAGAGGAGGCGAACCUUCCUCUCCCUCAUAAGGAUAGAGGGGCUGGCGCACUGGGAGCGAGGCAAGGGUGAGACCCGGCUGCUGCAGCGCGUCUGUCAGCUGAUCCAGGGACAACACCUUGGGGUCAAGGUGGUCUGGCUCACCAGGGACGACUCCAUGGGCCCCAGGGAGCUCAAGAAAUACAGCCUGAUCACCAAGCAGGGCAUCCUUUUAGUCCAAAUCAACGUGACCAUGCUGCGGGCCUUGGGCACCUACUCAACUCUGCCCAGCAAAGGCAGGCGGGGACUCCUGCUGUCGCCCUCUGUGCAACAAGACGUGUUUCCAGGUGGGACCUUCAUCCAGGAAUGGCAGCCCUAAUGGCCAAGCAAGAGUAACCUGCGACUGCUGGUCGCCAAGAGCCUAGAGUGGCGAGUGGAUAGCUGCGCCCACCUGUGCGCCUUCACGCUGUGCAUGCGUCUCUUCUCCAUCCUGCAAUGGCGAUGCCCCAACCACCGAUACCUUCGUCAGGGACGGCUCCUCUAGCAUCUGCAGCGCCAGGCCCUACACCUCACUGGCCUCAGUGUCAUGUGCCAGCUCUUCCUGGCACCCCAAUUGUGAUCACAGCUGGCUGACUUUUCCUGGCGCCCAGUUGUGGUCACAGCUGGCCAGGUCGGUUUGGGGCUGGAGCUGGUCAAGGGUUAUACUGAACUGUACCUGCUAGAGAAUGACAUCUAGGAACAGCACUUUAGACCCACCCUUUCCAAAGAGCCCCACCCGCCCCUCCGUCCAUAAACAGGCCCCGCCCGGGAAUUGCAAGCCCCGCCCCAACAUGCAAGCCCCGCCCUGCCUGGGCUCUGGGCUCCCACCACUCUGCUCACCCACUGCAGGUUUCGCCUCCUCUUCCCUUUCCCUUUCUCUCUGCCGACUUGCCUAUAGCGCCCUCAAGGGUCGCGCCCUGACAGCUCAGGGCGACAGAUUUGGGGGAGCUUCUUGCUUGGAGGGUGUCCACAGGUUGACCCUGUCUGUAGCCGCGACCAGGCUGAACUCUGGCUAAACGCCCAGCUUCUCUCGUCUGACCCCUCGUGGCUGCAAAAGGCUUCCGCGAUAGAACCGUCAGCUUUCUGCCGUGAGAGCUAGGUUUUGACUCGGGUUGUUUUUCUCAAGCCCCCAGACCCCCUCUUUACCGUGCACUCAGCCUCCUGUACCUCUAGAUCCCGGUCAUCUCCUUCCUUUUCUGGACCCCGUUAGGACACUUGAGCCCAGACCGCCUGUUUCUUGGUUUGUUCUGUCUCUCCCGCCCCGCCCCACCCCCACCACUUUAAGCCAUAAGGAGAGACCCCUACACAGGUAGGGAUGUACAUGGGUGUACAGUGCUUUCACCAUGUACCCUUCUGUGCCUUUCUCUCUCUCUCUCUCAUGCCGGUUUUCUCCCACUCUGCACGGGAGUUUGCUGUUUGGCAGGCUCAGUCCCCAGCCCCCAGCCCGCAGUGGGAUGUGGGCGUCCAGCCAGAGAGUCUGGCCAGAGGAGGGCAGGCCCCUCCAGCCAGAGCGGAACUGUCUCUGGAUUCUAACCCUGAGUCUUCUAGGCGACCGGAACCCCCAGUCUCCAGCUAUUUCUGCACACCACUCCGUCGUCCAGUUGCUUUCUGCUGUUUUGCACUUUGAGUCCUUUAUUUGAAAGGCCCCAGUCCCAGCUGCCUCAGAUCACACGGUCUCCUACUCUGGGUUGUCCUACUGCAGAGGGAGGGGAGAGUGCCUCAGCGAUCAGAGUGACUCCCGCGUCACCAGCUGUACCCGGGAGUCUGGCAGAGCCGAGAAUCCAGGCAUCCCUGGCCGGAGCUAGCCUCUGGACCUCUCUCCCUCACACUGGGAACUGGAACUUCUGGCUGGGCUGGGGACUCAAAGGCUCCGACGGGGCUGGAAUUCAAGUCGUGAGCAGAGGAGGGCGCCAGAGGUGGGAGAAGGUGGGCAGAGAGAGAGAGGGAGGGAGAGAGAGGGGAGAGAGGAGAGAGAGAGGUGAGUGAGAGGAGAGGGAGAGAGGGGGGAAUAGAAAGAAGGUAGAGAGGAGAGGGGGGAGAGAGGAGUGAGAGAGGGGGAAGAAAGGAGGGUGGGGGAGAGAGGGCAGCCAGCGCCCUCCACUCCCAUUCCCCCCAGCUCCGACUUUGUGACUUAGCCCCUCUCCUUGGGCUUGACUGCCUCCAGCGCCUGACCACGCCGCCACCUCGCUCCCCGGGUCCCUCCAACCACAGCUGUAACGCAA